AUGUUAAAAACCGUACGCUUUCACCCUAUUGACACUAUUAUCAUGACUUACAGUGCAGACGAAUAUGAUCGCUCUUGCUUUGCUUCAGCAUCGCCCAUAAAGUACGUUUUCCGUCCUGCUCAACAAACACCCGUCGUUUUACCUGUGCCUAUUCAAACCAACAAUACAACCAAACCUGUCAUCAAGCCAUUAGACCUAUCUAUGAUUCCUAAUUCACGUAGACGUGUCAUUGAUUCCCCUAUUCAAGAAGCCAAUCAUGUAAAUAACAAGACCAAAAGACCCAAGCUAUCUAUAAACACUCAAUCUUUAACGCCUCUUUUCUUUUCUGGAUUAUCAACACAUUACAAGUAUAAAAAUGAAGAUGAAGAAGAAGAGCAUGGCUUCUUAAUUCCUGUCUUGGCUUGUUAA